AUGGCGAAUCAAAGCAGAGACGAUCAUCUCGCGAAUCCGAUGGCGAUGAUGAUGAUGGCGGGACCGGACGCGAACAAUGCUACUACCGCCGCCGCCGGGACGAAUAAUGAUAUCAACUUGGUGAGACCGACGGCGUCGAAUACGACGACGUACGCGAACGCGGCACCGUACGGCGGUCAAAUGCCGGGGCCGAAUAACUACUUCGGGAACCCGUUUUUUAUGUCGCAGAUGUGGAAUAACGCGGCCGCGAUGAUGAACAUGAAUGCGGCGGCGGCUGCGGCGGCGGCAACCGGGAACUUUCCGGCGAUGAUGGGAGCGAUGCCGCAACAACUCCAAGGACAACCGCAGCCGAUAACGGCGGCGGCGGCGACCGGCUCGGCAAAGAAGAAUUCGACGACGAGGCUUCGAGACAUGACGAAACAAGCGAAGAGUCGUUCGGAUAACUCCGAAGCGACGAGUCAUAAAGAGUCUCCGCUUUCCGACGACGAGGUUGAACAUCCUCAGAAGGAGAGACGGCGGCACAAACAGGAAGAGGAAGAAGGAGAAGAACAAGACGCGAAAGAUCAUCAACCGCAACUGGCAAAACCAGUCGUGGACGAUUCGUUACCAGAACCGUGUGCGAACAAGACGUGUGCAUUUUGUAGGACGCAGAAAACGCCACUGUGGCGGAACGGUCCUUUUGGUCCGAAGACGUUGUGUAACGCGUGCGGCGUGAAGUUCAAACUCGGAAAGUUAGCCGGCGACGAGGAUGGUCACGUGGUGAGUGUUAUCGUACCGAGACAAAAGCGGCGGAAGAACGGGUCGGCUGGGACGGCGAGUCAUGCCGCGGCCACGGCGGCGGCGCAAAACGCGGCAACUUCUUCGGAGGCGGUUGGCGCAUCGAAUACUGCGACUGCGAUGACGAGCAGCAACAACGCCACCGCCUCCGCGACGGCUCGAUUUGCGGCAGUCACGGCGGCAAACGCGGCGAGAGCUGGGUUUUCCAACGCACCGUUGAAAGUUCGUCACACCGUUCACACAAAAAAAAGCGCCGAGCCAAAAGUGAGAGGUAUCGUCGGCGGAUGGCGUCCGGAAAUGGGUGGUCCGAUGCGAGUGUCCUCUCCUUUCGUCGUGGCGGAUUACGACGGCGCCGUUUUACUAAUGGUCUUAGCCGGCGAAAACGACAAAACAGCUACUACUACUACUACUACUACCGUGAGUAAUACGUAG